CAUAUAUCAUUCAUAAACAACAGAGUGCCCCGGACUUCUGCUGUUUAUUUUUUAAGUAUUUCUUUUUUGGCCUUCAUAUUCGUUUCAUUUUGGUUUCCACGCGAGUAUUCGCUCUGUUCUACAACAACCACAAUAACAAAAAACCCAUCUCACCUUAACAAGAACAUUGGUAUUGCACACAUUACUUGAACAGGGGUAACAACGAAACUUUACAACCGUAUUUCACAUUUAAUGCUUAAUUGUUUAGAUCUAUAACAAAAACGUAUUAAAUAGAUCAAACUAAAAAUAUAAAUUGCAGAAAGCCAUUGAAGAAUGAAUUUUUGCUGGUUGAAGUAAAGUGCGAAUAUUUAAACUGAAUCUACAGUAUAUUUCGCGGUCAUUUUGUUUCGCUUUGCCAAUUUAUGAAUAUUCCAAACUAAGUUACAAUAUGCCAUUUGCGUCCUUUUCAAGAAUACGAGAAGUUAGCAGCGAGGAUGAUCAUCAUUUGGCGGAAAAUUUGAUAAAACCGUCUCAAGGAAAGAAAUGGAAAACCAAGUCAGUGGGAGAGAAAUCGGCUUACGUUAUACUUGAAUUAGAUGAAGCUCAGCAGAUCACAGGCAUCGAUAUUGGUAACGAACAUUCGGCCUUUAUUGAGGUUUUGGUGGGAAAAUCCACGUCGACUCCUGAUGAUUUCACAGAAAUUUUAAUAACAUGUUCCUUUAUGACUCCAAUAGAAAGUAGAAGUUCGAAUAAUCCAAAUAGAGUGAGAUGUUUUUGCACGGAUGCUUUGGUACCCAGCGUAGCAGAAAAGAAGUGGUCUUUACUCAAAAUAAUUUGUACACAACCAUUUAAUAAACACGUCCAAUAUGGUCUUUCAUUUGUUAAAGUACACGUUGCAUCAAAAAACUCUACAAAAGAUACAGGGCUGGCACCUGCGAAGGAAAUAGAUGCUAAACCAACCCCACUACAAAUUGGAAUGUUUAAAUUACGAGAAGAUUCACCUGAUUCGGAAACCAACGGAGUUUCCAGCCUAUUUAAUCGCUGGAAAACUAACAAAGAUGCAAAUGAACACUCUGCGGCAGCUUCCAUUAGAAAUGCAGCCAACAGUAGCUGCGAAAAACAAUCCCGUGAAAAUUUUAAAGAAAUAAAAUCAAAUGAUUCAUUUAAAAACUCAAAAAUUGAAGUGCGGGACAGGAAUCGCUAUGAUUUGAUGUUUGGAGUCGCAGAUGAUACGAAUACAGAAAAAGAAGCUCGACUGGCCAAGGAAAUCGAGGCUGAAAAAGAAAGACGGAGGAUUGAAGCAAAAAAGCGUGAAGAAAUAAAAGAAAAAGAAAAACGUAAAUCACUGGACAUAUUACCGCAACACUCCACAGGAAAUAACAGAAAAGAGAAGCCACAAACGGUUAACCCACAUAACUUAGAAAAUGAGCUUGCCAAAAAGCGUUCGAGUUCGCCAAAUAGGAAGCCUGCAAAAAAGAUCAGACCUUCAGAAAUAAAAUACAAGCCCUUCAACCUACUACUUAAAGGAGUAGUUUUAGUAAUCAGUGGCAUUCAAAACCCUGAUAGGGCCGAUUUGAGAAGUAAAGCUCUGGCUUUAGGUGCAAAGUACAAAUCAGAUUGGGAUAAUACCUGUACUCAUUUGAUAUGUGCAUUUAAAAAUACGCCAAAAUAUAACCAAAUAAAGGGUAAAGGAAAAAUCGUAACGCGCUCGUGGGUAGAAAAAUGCUACAACACAAAAAAAUACAUACCAUGGAGAAGGUUUGCUCUAGACACUGAAGAAUUAACAAAGACCGAAAGCGACGAAGAGAUAUUUGCUGAAUCAUUACAGCCUUCUAAUUUGGCAGCCCGAAAAAAUCACGAUAGUGAACGUGACGAACGCAACGAAACAUUAUCUCUUUACGACUUAGAUGAACAACCAUUAAAACAGCAAUCUAGGAACAACGCCUCGACAUCUUCUUCUGAAAAUGACACCGAUGAUGAAAUUAAUCACGUAAAAGAAAAAAAUAAACAUGUUGCGACCAAGGCGACAAAAACAAGGCUAUCGAUCACUGGCAUCGCAGCACCAGGAGAUAUUUAUGAUGCGUCGACUGAUGAAGAGGAGUAUUUAGAAAAAAAGAAUAUGAAACUGUUAUCCUAAUGAUUGUUGGAUUUUCUUAAUAAAUUUGCUUAAAAUUCUA